GAGACGCCGCGCUUGGUGUAUAGUUUUUAUUUUAGUUUUUAAGUUUAAAAUUAUUAAUGCCGGUGUCAAAAUUAUAUAGUAGGACACAGCAUUAUAUACGGCAUUCUCAAGAAAGCGAUUUCUUACGGAAAACAAUAGCAAACGUUUUCACUACCGGCGUCAGCAAACACGAGUGGAAAGCGCCAAAGUAGUGUUACAACUACCUCCUUAUUCUUUACAUACCUACUUAAACUGAAAUGGGACGCAGUCCAUCUCCAUCGCAUCGGCGACGUGAAAAAGAACGUUCUGAACGUAAAAAGCGUCGUGAACGUCGCUCCAGAGAACGUGAAAGGCAGCGGGAACGUGAAACAGGCGCUGGCGGUAGUCGUGCUUUGCGUAGACGUUCACAUGACAGAGGAGGUGGUGGUGGAGGGGAACGAGACCGGACCCGCAGCCGCAGUCGGGAGCGAGACAGAGCAAGUCGUCGCCGUUCUAGAUCACGUUCUCGCGGACACCCCUCUACUUCGGCAUCUACGUCGUCUGGGCGACGCGGAGCUGCCGUUGAUCGUCCCAAAAUCACAGAAGCCGAUUUGGAGGGUAAAUCACCCGAAGAAGUAGAAAUGCUGAAAACAAUGGGUUUCUGCACUUUCGAUACGACCAAGAAUAAGAAGGUUGAAGGGAACGAUGUUGGUGAAGUGCAUGUUAUCUUAAAGCGCAAGUAUCGUCAAUAUAUGAAUCGCAAAGGUGGCUUCAAUCGGCCGCUGGACUUUGUGGCAUAGCUCGUUGUCAAAGCGCGAACUAACGCGUCUACCCACACAAGUCUAUAUACACUGGCGAUAUAUCGACGUACUCUCUUGUACUAAUGUUUUUAUUAUUACUAUAUUUUUUA